AUGAAUCAAUCUAAUAAUUCUACGGAGGAGGUUGGAAGUUCUAAAGCAUCUGAAUCAUUGAUUGCAUUAACAACAACCGGACCAAAAAAUUCUACGAGUAGGAAGAGAUUAAGUGACGAAGUAAAGAAAAGUAGUACAAACAAAAAAAUUAGAAAAAUGAAUUCAAGUAGUAUUGAUAAUUAUAAUUUAGAGGAACCUGGACCAAUAAAUAAAUUGCAAAUCAAUGAGGAAAAUUGUGGCAGGAAUAGUGAAACAUCUAUAUGUCAUGACAUACCAGACAAGAUGUUGACAAGGGCCCAAACAAAAUUAUUGGAAGCACAAAAAAGUAUUUCUAGACAAAAUGAUAAUUGUUUUUCAAAUAAUCAACAUGUUUCAUUAAAAAAAUUACUUGAAAAAGAAGAUGAUACUCCUAAUUAUUCAAAUACGGAAUUGGGUAGAAUUUUGUCUUCUGAUAAUACACAUACUGGUAAGAGUAGUGUUACCAAAAAUAAGGUGGGUUUAUCAAUGUAUUUAUCCCUCAUACUAUAUAAUUCACCAACAAAAACUCUUGUUAUAUGUCUCUUGUUGUAA